AGCGCCUAGAGGGCACCGUAGUGGUGAGUGCAUGUGUAUUCAUGUCUGUCGUGUAGUUGAUACACGUUGAGUUUCGUAUUUCUAGGACAGUGGUAUGUGGUGUAAACAGUCCAGGUGUUUUUUGGUGUCGAAACGUGAAUUAGUAGAAGUAAUUUGAGGUGUACAUGAUUUGAAAGAAAAUGAAGUUGUGGAAUACAUUAGUGAGCGUCUCAAAACUUCUAUACAUCCUAAAAUAACGUACUCUCUCCACUGUGAGCAACAUAUGUAAAAGUAUGACAUUACAUCGUGUCAUUGUUACUCAGAUUUUUAAGUAGGACAGCUUUUCUCUGGUACCGCUCAGAGAACAUGACAAGCGACCGUAUUCACACACGGUUUAUUAGUGUCCAACUUUAUCUCAUCGUUGGAUUUUUAUUAUGUUACUUUGACAAGCCCUGCUUGACGGCAGACCUCGCCAUCCAGAUCCCGGGCAACCUUAAUCAGGAUGGCAUCUACCGCUUGGACUAUUACCCGCCCCACGGCGUCCCUUCGCCGAACACCACGAUCGCCUCCAGGGACAUAGGCGACGUCAUCGAAUUCAGCGAGGGUCUACCCGGUACCAAGUACGAGUUCUGGCUGUAUUACUCCAACAACACGAGGCAUGAUUGGCUCACGUGGACUGCCUCCAUCACCACGGCUCCGGAUCCACCAUCCAACCUCUCGGUUAAUGUUCAUAGUGGGAAGAUUGCCCAAGUUUCGUGGAGUCCUCCAUUACUUGGACACUAUUCCAGCUUCAAACUGAAGGUACUUAGUUUGCCAGAGGCGUCAACAAAUGUGCUUCCAGUUACGGUAGAAGACACGUACUAUACCUUCCAGAAUCUGACACCCGGAGCAUCGUACCAGGUGCACUUGUUUACGGAGUAUGAUGGCAAAGAGAGCAUAGCAUAUACGUCAAGGAAUUUCACAACAAAACCAAACACACCUGGUAAGUUCAUCGUGUGGUUUCGAAAUGAGACCACGUUACUGGUGUUGUGGCCGCCGUAUCCUGCUGGCAUCUAUACGCACUACAAAGUGUCCAUUGAUCCAAUGGAUGCGCUGGAUAGCACGUUGUAUGUCGAGAAGGAAGGAGAACCUCCGGGACCGGCUCAGGCCGCAUUCAAGGGCCUCGUACCAGGUCGUGCUUACAACAUUUCAGUACAAACUCUAAGUGAAGAUGAAAUAUCAGCACCCACGACAGCUCAGUACAGAACAGUUCCUCUCCGUCCCCUCAAUGUAACGUUCGACAAGAGUUCAAUCACCUCGAGUUCGUUCAAAGUGCACUGGGAUCCUCCAAAGGGGAUAAGUGAAUUUGACAAGUACCAAGUGUCAAUCAGCGUGCGGAGACAGGCUCCGGUAACUCGCAUGCGUGGAGAACCGACGAUGUGGGAGUUUAAAGAGAACCUUGAGCCUGGUCGCAGCUAUCAAGUGGUUGUGAAAACUUUGUCAGGCAAAGUGACCAGCUGGCCGGCCACUGGAAAUGUGACAGUCAAACCCCUACCAGUCCAGGAUUUGCAAGCGAGCAUGGAUGAAAAGACGGGAUUUGUGAAGUUGGACUGGCGUCCGGACAACACCAGCCUUCAGGAGGGCUACAAGGUGAAUUAUCAUGAAGUAGAAUCUUUUAAUGGAGACAGUAAUUCUCUGUACGUGGAAAAGGCGGGAACACUUUUGCUUGAAUCCCUGCUGCCGGGCAGGAAUUACUCCAUCUCUGUGCAGGCAGUCAGCAAUGGAGUGGAGAGCAACGAGACGUCACUCUACCAGGCAACUCGACCAUCUUCACCAAUCAUCGAAGAUCUUAAGCCAAUUCCUAAUGGACUGAACAUCUCUUGGAAGUCAGAUGUGACAACUCGGCAGGAUAAAUUUGAAGUUACAUACAACCGUAAUGACACAGGUGAAAGUGUGACAACAAUUACUACAGAGUCCAAACUGGUCCUGGAAGACUUGUACCCUGGUGCAGGCUAUGAGGUGAAGGUGUUUGCUAUCAGCCAUGGUUUGCGCAGUGAACCGCAUGAUUAUUUCCAGGCAGUUUUUCCUCAUCCACCGAGGAAUCUAACCAUUGAGAAGGUUACAAGUAAUUCAGUACUUGUACAUUGGGAACCUCCACUAGAUUCUAUAUAUUCUGAGUAUUCUAUUAGGUACAGGACCGAAGAUAACGAUCAGUGGCUUAAGUUGUCAUCAGUGAGUGAGCAUGAGGCUGUCGUGGAGGACAUGACACCGGGAGAGAAGUAUCGUAUCCAGGUAAACACAGUCAGCUAUGGUGUGGAGAGCAAUCAACCGCAAGAGGUCACUCAGACUGUCAGACCAAAUCCUGUGUCAAACAUUGCCCCUCUUGUUGACUCGACCAACGUGACCCUGGAAUGGCCUCGUCCGGAGGGCCGUGUAGAAAUGUACGUGGUGAGAUGGGCAGCUGAAGGUGAAGAGGAACCUCCACACACAAAAAACAUCACAGAGCAAAAUUCCAGUUCCCCGCACGGGUCAGAGGAGCAGCCGAUCAGAGUGCUCAUCGGAGAUCUCAUGCCAGGAGUGAAGUAUCUUUUUGAAAUCCAUACUGUGUCAUAUCACCUUGACAGCGACAUCACAAAGCUUCCUGCCAGGACUAUGCCACUCAUCCAGUCUGAAGUUCUGGUAGUCAACAAACAUCCGCAGAAAUUAGACUCGAUCACACUGCGGUACACCCCAACACCCGCGUCAUCAUCACGUUUUGACCUGUACCGUUUUAUGCUAAGUGAUCCCAACAUUCCUGUGAAGGAGAAGGCAGCUAAUGACACGGACAUGAAGGUGACAUUUACAGGACUCAAACCGGGGCGACUGUACAACAUCACAGUGUGGACCGUAUCAGAUGGGGUCGCUAGCCAGCCACUAGUGCGACAGGAUCGUCUUUAUCCUGAGUCCAUUACAGGGAUCAAUGCUACUUACAUCUCAGACACAGAGAUUACUCUUACAUGGGACUUGCCUGAAGGGGAGUAUAAUGCAUUUGAGGUUCAGUACCUCAACGCUGAAGAUGUUCUUAUUCAGAACCUAACUCUUCACAACUCCAUUACAUUGAGUGAUUUGAAACCUCACAGAAACUAUACUUUUACUGUGGUGGUGCGCUCGGGUACUGAAUCGCAGGUCCUUCGACGGUCACUGCCCGUUUCUGCCAUAUUUACGACAAUGGAAUCUGUUCCCGGCAAGGUUGAGAAGUUCCACCCACGAGAUAUUCAACCAAGUCACAUUUCAUUUGAGUGGGCGUUACCAAGUAAUGAGCAGAAUGGAGUUAUACGCAAGUUCACCAUUACUUAUGGACUUGAGGGUUCUACACAUACGCAAGUGAAUAACUUCAAACCAACUGAAUUUUAUGGUACCAUCAAAAUGCUCAUCCCGGGAAAGUCGUACAUUUUCCGUAUUCAAGCAGAGACAAAGAUUGGCUAUGGACCAGAAGCAAUAUGGAAACAGAAAAUGCCUAUCCUUUCACCUCCAAAACCACCCAGUCACGUGGUGCCAACUGAAGUUUGUCGCAGCUCGACCACGGUUCAGAUCCGAUUCCGCAAGAACUACUUCUCUGAUCAGAAUGGAGCGGUGACAAUGUAUACAAUUAUUGUUGCUGAAGACGACUCAAAGAAUGCAUCGGGGCUGGAGAUGCCAAGCUGGAGGGAUGUCCAAGCCUACAGUGUGUGGCCACCAUAUCAGGUUAUGGAACCAUAUUAUCCAUUCAAGAACUCAUCAGUAGAAGAUUUUACGAUAGGUUUUGAAAGCUGUGAAGGUCACCAUGUGGGGUACUGCAAUGGACCUUUGAAGUCUGGUUCUACGUAUCGUGUUAAAGUGAGAGCAUUUACAGCUCCUGACAAGUUCACAGAUACACACUACUCAUUCCCUAUACAAACAGAUCAGGAUAACACACCCAUUGUGGUUGGCGUGACGGUGCCUUUGGUGCUACUUGUUGUGCUUUUCAUAUUGGUGGUUGUGAUACGUAAAAGACGAUUUGCGAGUAGGAAAGCAACGGAAACAAGGGGAAAUGAUAAUCUUUCCUUGCCUGACAGUAUUAUAGAGACAAGUCGUCCGAUCCGGCUGGAGAACUUCUCGGAGCACUAUCGCAUGAUGUCGGCUGACUCAGACUUCCGAUUCUCUGAAGAAUUUGAGGAGCUCAAACACGUGGGCCGAGAACAGCCAUGUUCAGCUGCAGACCUGCCUUGCAAUCGCCCCAAGAAUCGCUUCACCAACAUUCUACCUUACGAUCACUCUCGCUUUAAACUUCAGCCUGUUGAUGAUGAAGAGGGCUCUGACUACAUCAAUGCAAACUAUGUGCCGGGCUAUAAUUCACCUCGAGAAUUCCUUGUGACGCAAGGGCCGUUGCAUUCCACACGAGAUGACUUCUGGCGGAUGUGUUGGGAGAGUAAUUCUCGUGCCAUAGUGAUGUUAACACGCUGCAUUGAGAAGGGGCGUGAAAAAUGUGAUCACUACUGGCCGUAUGACACGAUGCCAGUCUAUUACGGAGACAUCUCUGUACAGAUACUCAAUGACAGCCACUAUCAGGACUGGAGCAUCACUGAGUUUAUGAUGUGUAGGGGUGACACUUCAAGAGUGAUGCGGCACUUCCACUUUACAACGUGGCCAGACUUCGGAGUUCCUAGCCCACCACAGACUCUCGUGCGAUUUGUGCGGGCAUUCAGAGAACGUAUUGGACCUGAACAGAGACCAAUCGUUGUCCACUGCAGUGCUGGUGUUGGCCGCUCCGGUACAUUUAUUGCCUUGGACCGAAUUCUGCAGCAGAUCCAAGUGACAGAUCAUGUGGAUAUUUUUGGUAUUGUGUGGGCGAUGCGUAAGGAGCGUGUAUGGAUGGUACAAACAGAACAGCAAUAUAUCUGCAUCCAUCAGUGUCUUUUGGCAGUGCUGGAAGGAAACGAGAACCAGGGACCACCUCGGGAAAUACACGACAAUCAGGGGUUUGAAGGCAAGAAGCUACGGCAGACAACCUACAUAGAGACUGGAGAAGUUGAGAAGCAUCCAAGUCACAAGCAGAGGCUACAAAACAUGUGUUCUUAUCUGCAACUGGUGAUGGGUUUCUGGAUGACGAAGGGAUAGCCGAAUCAGGAAUGUGAGUCUCGCCCGCCGACUUGGUGGUCAAGCCACAAACUGAGUGUUAUAAGGGACGACUAGAGAGCCCACAAACUUGA